AUGGCGUCUGUAUUUUCAGAUAUUAUCGUCCCACAUGGAAGUGAGAUGCAAAUGCCACGGCCUGUCAGGAAGUUGCCAACUUCGAACAUGCUGGAGAGCAACGCCCGACUUCAGGGUAGUUGCAUCAACCAUCAAGCGACAGUACAGAAAAGCUCUGAUGGUGGCUCAAGAACAAUUGAACAACAAUCCUUCCUCAGUACUGAGAGGACGACCAAGAGGCAGAAGGCGUGGGAAAGCGAAGCCUGCCCCCAAGAACAGCCUUUUGUUCCUGGAAAGAUCACCAAACUUUUGCGACGUAGACCCUCGGACAGACUCCGCGGGGACCUCGGGGCGUGUUUGUCGCAUCGGUCGUACCUCCCGCUCUGGUUCUUGUGA